GUGUGUAAGCGGUAGUGCCUGGGUUUCAACCAGAGGAUCUGGUUGUCUCCUGGAGUCCACCAGGUUUCAGCCAGUAGAAGCCCCAGUAGUUACUAGUGAAUUUGGAGAUAACUUGCAGGUGUCUGAGUUGCCAAAGCUUUCAGAUGUAGUGGUUAGGGUUUCAUGGGGUUCUGCUGAGAGAACUGUGAGUGAUGGCGUUGAUGGUGUCAGUGGCUGCCAAGGCAAAGCGUAUCAUGAGCCAAAGGGUAAAGAUGGGAGUGAAUACUUUGACAGCAGAAUGGACAACUUCACUACAGACUCACUGGCACCAUCGCAGCUCUCUGCUUUGUUGUGGUCACCUGGCUCCAGCCACGUCCUGUCCCAGAGAAGCGAGUCCACCAACGUGGUCAGCAGUGAUGCGCUGAGGCAGAACAUUUAUGAAAACUUCAUGCGGGAGCUGGAGAUGAGCAGGACGAACCUGGAGAACACUGAGACUUCGUCGGAAACAGAGGACUCCAGCGGCGAGUCCCUCAGCUCCUUGGAGCAGCUGGAUUUGUUGUAUGAGAAAGAGCAAGGAGUGGUGCGCAAGGCAGGGUGGCUGUUCUUCAAACCCCUGGUGACCCUGCAGAAGGAAAAGAAGCUGGAGCUGGUCACACGGCGGAAGUGGAAGCAGUACUGGGUCACACUCAAAGGUUGUACUCUGCUGUUUUAUGACACCUAUGGAAGGAACUCGAUGGAGCAGAGCAGUUUGCCUCGAUAUGCCCUGUUUGCAGAAGACAGUAUAGUUCAGUCUGUUCCAGAACAUCCCAAGAAAGAAAACGUGUUCUGUCUCAGCAAUUCUUUUGGAGAUGUCUACCUAUUUCAGGCGACAAGCCAGACGGAUCUGGAAAACUGGGUUACUGCCAUACAUUCAGCCUGUGCUUCCCUCUUUGCGAAGAAGCUUGGGAAAGAGGACACUGUUAGGCUGCUGAAAAAUCAAACCAAGAGUCUCUUCCAGAAGAUUGACAUGGAUGGCAAGAUGAAAAAGAUGGCAGAGUUGCAGCUCUCAAUUGUUAGCGAUCCAAAAAACAGGAAGGCCAUAGAGAAUCAGAUCCAGCAAUGGGAACAGAACCUGGAAAAAUUUAACAUGGACCUUUUCCGAAUGCGAUGUUACCUAGCUAGUUUGCAAGGUGGGGAGCUCCCAAACCCAAAGAGCCUUUUGGCUGCUGCCAGUCGUCCUUCAAAAUUGGCACUGGGAAGGCUCGGCAUUUUCUCUGUCUCAUCCUUCCAUGCACUGAUCUGCUCCAGGGAUGAAGCUGCUCUCAGGAAACGUACCCUAUCUUUGUCACAAAGGGUCCGAAAUAAGAAGGGUUUAUUUUCUUCACUGAAAGGACUGGACACAUUGGCAAGAAAAGGAAAAGAAAAGCGACCUUCCAUAACUCAGCAAGUCGAUGACUUUUUGAAUGUCUACUGCUCAGUGCCAGAGAGCAUUCAGAAGGAGAGUGCUUGGGAAACCCAGACGUAUGUUCACUUUUGUGAUGGCCAAGGAGUGGCACUGACCCUCAAGCCAGAGCACAAGGUGGAAGAUGUAUUAUCUUUGGCAUGCAAGAUGAAACAGCUGGAGCCAAGACACUAUGGCCUACAACUCAGACGACUGGUUGAUGAAAAUACUGAGUAUUGUGCUCCUGAACCAUACGAAUACAUAGUAGACCAGGAAAGUGUGUAUGAUGAAAUAGAAAUUUGUCCAUUAAAUGUUUAUCAUGUUCAUCUUACGAAGACUGAAAACAUAAGUGAUUUUGGCUUUGCUGUCACAGCACAAGUUGAUGAAAAUCAGCAUCUCACCCGUAUAUUUGUAAGUGAUGUUCUCCCUGAUGGGCUGGCAUACAAGGAAGGGCUCAGAGUAGGCAAUGAAAUCCUGAGCAUAAAUGGAGAGACUGUGUCUGAGCUUGAUCUCAGGCAGAUGGAGUUACUGUUUUCAGAGAGAAACGUAAUGCUCACUCUGAGAAUGAACCAUUAUGGGACCCAGCAGCCCUUAUGUGCAUCCUGGUCAGAUGGCGACAUUUCCAGGGACCCAAAGAGUUUGUUGCCCCCUCCAAACCAGUCACAGCUCCUGGAAGAGUUUCUAGAUAACUUCAAAAAGAACACAGCAAAUG